GUCCCGCCGCAGCAGGAAGUCACGCUGAGAGCGGCUGCUUUAGCCAGCUAACUGCUGAAAAAGUAAACAAGUCUGUUGGGUGGGAUGAGAUCAAAUUGCACUUCUAAGUAGCUUUUUAACUAUGAAAGAAGACAAAGAAAACACCCGUCCGAAGGAUAAACGAGUGGAGCUAAAGUACGAGGAUGGGGAGAGGACAGAGAGGUCCAAAGAGAAGAAGGAGACCAUGACAAAGAUUGUGAUAAGACGAUUACCACCAAGUCUGACCAAGGAGGAUCUGGAGGAGCAGCUGCAGCCUCUCCCAGAAGUGGACUACUUGGAGUUCUUCUCCAACGACACCAGCCUGUUCCCUCACCUCUUUGCAAGGGCAUACAUCAAUUUCAAAAAUCAAGACGACAUUGUCCUCUUCAGAGAUCGAUUUGAUGGAUAUGUAUUUAUUGACAGCAAAGGUCAGGAGUACCCGGCCGUUGUGGAGUUUGCACCUUUCCAAAAAACUUCCAAGAAGAAAAUUAAGAAGAAGGAUUCAAAAUGUGGAACAAUCGCAGAAGAUCCGGAUUAUAAGAAGUUUCUUGAGUUUUACAAUGGAGAUGAAGAGAAGUUUACCUCCACACCUGAGACCCUACUGGAGGAGAUAGAGGCAAGAUCCAAGGAGCUUGUAGCUAAGAAAACAACUCCUCUGCUGGAUUUUCUGAAGAAUAAACAGAGAAUCAGAGAGGAAAAGAAAGAAGAGAGAAAAAGGAGGGAGCUAGAGCGCAAGCGUCAGCGGGAUGAGGAGCGGCGUAAGUGGCGGGAGGAGGAGAGGAGGAAACGUAAGGAAGCUGACAAGAUGAAAAGACUUGAUAAACCGCUGGAUAAAGACAAGGACCAAGUUAAAGAAGAACCCAAAAUUAAGCUACUCAAAAAGCCAGACAGAUGCAACGAUGAGGAUACUGAAAAACCCAAGGAUAAACCAAAGAAACCUGAGAGGUCAAAUAAAGAGGACAGACCCUUGGGAAGCGCUGAUCUGAAGAGACGACAGAACACUGACAAUAAGGAGGAUCGGGGAAAGAAAGGGGAAGGAGAUGGCCGGAAGGAGUUCAGGGAGCGUGAUACAGAUCGAGAGAGAGAGCGAGAGCGAGAGAAAGAGCGGAGGCAAAAGGAGAGGGAGCGCCUUAAACGUCAGGAUGAAGAAAGGCGAAGAAGGAGGGAACGACAGGAUGGGGAGAACUCAUACAGGAAGAGAGAGGAGGAGGUUAAAAAAGAAAAGGCCUUGGAGAAAAAGAAGGAUGAAAACAUGGCAGAUUCCUUUCACUCUCAGAAGCUGGAGAAACCUGCCAAAGAGAACAAAAAGGAAGAUAGUGGUAAAAAAGAGAGGGUACGAAAUAAGGACCGACCAGCCAUUCAGCUUUACCAGCCAGGGGCCAGAAGCCGCAAUCGUGGUCCAACAGACGUAGCCGAAUCCAACUCUGCCGACAGGAAUCCAGAUGCUGAGAACAAGAAAGCGGCUGUAAAAGGAGACGACUGAGCAGAUUCCCACUAAUGGCAUUUUAAGUUGGUGAGAAGAGAGAAGACAGGCCUGUAAGGCUCAGUCCAGAAAUGCAGCGCCUCAGACCCACGUUGGAGCAGGAUUGCAGCCGGCUGUCCCGGUCUCAAAGGCAGAGGUGCAUUUGCGAGACCUCUCAGCGCCUGAAUGUGACCCUCUUUAGUUUUAUUUGUGAGGAGAGCUAACAGUAACGUUUCGAAAGAGUUUGGCUUUAGGGCCCAUUAGAUUGAAUCCAAAGUUCUGUGAUAUCAAAGUGACCUUACUUCAAUAUCAUUUUUCAGCAAGCAGAGAUGAGCUUUCAGAUUAUCUAAAUCACUGUCUGCAUCUCUCAACAAAAAAUAAAAAAUUCAAACUCUGUAUUGCCAAGCUCUACAUACUAAAGAUUCUGCAUUGUAUUAAAAAUAUGACUAUAUUGGCAUUUUCAGUUCAAUUACAUCUUAAUCUGCUCACAGGGACAGACAGCUCACAUACUUGUGCAGAAACUCUCCAUGAUCUGUUAUUCUAAGAAGCUGUGCAAACAACUCUGUGCUUGUCUGGUGUAAGAACGAGUUUCUUAUUCAGUUAUGAUAAUGGAAGAGAAAUAGCCAUUUUUCACCAAACUGCCAUGUGACAACUAUGCUUGCAUGUACAGGUAGACUUGAAACAAAAAUGUAAAAAUAAUCUAGAGUGCUCAAUCUGUGGCCUUUCCCCUUUUUCUAAUCUCUGAUUCCCUUUAAACAUUCACCUAUGAUGCACUAAACAGCAUGGAAACAUCCCUCUGGGUGGUUGUAACAAAGUAGUUGCCUUUGAUGGAAAUAAAAGAUUUUUGUUAAAAUGCA